GAGCAUUGGCAUGUGUAUAUGCUGACAGAGCACGGUCAUUUUUUACAUGGCUACUUCAUCAGCUCAAAGCUGCGCCAAUGGGACAUUGGUGACCCUAGCCUGCCUUUCCCGUCAGGUCUUGUGCCAGAUUCUGGGUGACGCUGACCUGUCGGCCUCUACAUUCCAAAAUCUGACUAUCGAUGCAAACCUAGCCUCAAGCAACACCAAACAUGAAUUCCUCAUUGGUGUGGCACUCGCUGUGUUUUCCAGCAUCCUGAUUGGUAGCAGUGUCAUCCUGAAGAAAAAGGGGCUCCUACAUCUGUCUCAGCAGGGCAGGACGCGAGCCGGUGCUGGCGGACAUGGGUACCUGAAGGACUGGCUGUGGUGGGCUGGACUUUUAACAAUGGGAGGCGGAGAAGUUGCAAAUUUUGCUGCUUAUGCCUUUGCGCCAGCAACCAUUGUGACACCAUUGGGAGCUCUCAGUGUACUGAUCAGCGCUGUCAUGUCAUCUUAUUUGCUGGGGGAGCGCUUAAACAUCUUGGGAAAGUUGGGGUGUGCACUCAGUGUGUUGGGGAGCACUGUACUGGUGAUCCACUCCCCUGAAGAACAAAAGGUGACCACGGUAGAAGAUAUGACCUCCAAGCUUAAGGAUGCAGGUUUCAUCGUGUACAUCAGUGUUCUUUUCAUCUGUUGCCUGGUCCUCAUCUUCCUUCUCUCACCUCGUUUAGGACACUCAAACAUUCUAGUCUAUUUAGCAGUAUGCUCCCUGUUGGGGGCUUUCUCUGUGUCUUCUGUAAAAGGUCUAGGAAUAGCUGUGAAAGGCCUUCUUACAGGCCUACCAGUCUACCAGCACCCCUUGCCGUGGAUACUCAUCCCCAUCCUCAUCAUAUCGGUAGUCACCCAGGUAAACUAUCUCAACAAAUCACUGGACAUUUUUAAUACAUCCCUGGUCUUUCCGAUCUACUAUGUGUUAUUCACUACAGUGGUCAUCACCACAUCGCUAAUCCUGUUCAAGGAAUGGGUCUCCAUGUCACCAUUUGACGGUGUGGGUGCAGUGUGUGGUUUUCUCAUUAUCAUCUUGGGAGUCUUCAUGCUCCAUGCCUUCAAUAACCUGGACAUCAACUUGAAGAGCCUUCAACAACAGUUGCAAACCCUUGCACCUGCGCCCACCAAAGAGGAAACUAAGAAAGAAGAUGGGAUCACUGCAAAUGCCAAAGAGGAAACCAAGAAAGAAGACAAGAUCACUUUAAUAGACAACAUGGAGACCGAGUACAGUGGUGGUAUUCCUAAAGUGUUUGUUAUUUACACCUAG